AUGGCAACGCAAGAUAAUUUUGCAGCAGCUAAGUACCAUAGCCCAGUUGCUGUCUACUGUGGGAGUGUUCACAGAUUCAAACCCAGAUACACAGCUCUGCGAGGUGGAAGCGUUGAUUCGAACUUGCAGUUUUGUGGCAGCAGCUGGACCACUGAAGAAGAAGGUGAGGAUGGAAAGGGGGCCAUCUCUCCCCUGGAUGGCUGGGACAGCAAGGCUAGUGUGAACAACCUCAGCGCUAUGGGUGGAGGUGAUGUCUCCCACCUUUCUCACCAAGCCCUGACCCAGGACCUCCGAGAGAGGGAGGCGAGCAGCGCUGCCCUGGAAACCAUUCAGAUUGAGGACAAGCUGAAGACGGGGAGGAUGUCUGAGGGUCUGUUAGCCUCACAGGAAGGCCUGACUGACUGCAGUGACCCUAAGGGAGUUACCCUGAAGCCAGCAGUUUCCACGUCAGCUUCCCAGAGGCUCCUGACAACCUCCAAGCCCAUGCCUCCCAUCCAGGACAGCCUUCCUUCCUCAGAGCCCAGCAGGAUGAGCAACGGAGAGCAGGAGCAUGGGGAAAACAGCACAGGCUGUGAUGACAGUGAUGGGGAUGACAAGGAGCUGAUGUCAGAGGGAAAAGGAUAUAAAGCUUCCCUGCUGUCCUGGUGUUGCAGUGGUGAGGAUGGGAAGAAGUCACUGGGAAUGGCUUUGAUUCCCCCUAUCCCCAAGUCAGCGACACCAUCUGAUGGGGAUCCUGGCAGUGCUGCAGUGCCUAUCCCAAGCUCUCAGCACCUGGGCCAAGAGGCCCUGGAGAUGAGGCCAAGAUCAGGCAGAAGAAGUGAAGAGAAGACCCUUAAAUAUCUAGAGCACCAGACUCUGGAACCCAUCUUGCCUGUUCUCCAGCAUCACGUUGGUGGUGGCGGCAUGAAGUCUGCCAGACAUCUACGUGAACCUGUGCCACCGUUAACAAGCCUCCCACUCAGCCAGGCCGAGGAGAUAGAUCAUAUCGUGAGCCCUUGCCUUCUGAGUGACGACGACUUGAAGGACAGCAAUGGAAGGAUCCAUGUUGUCUUGUCCAAGUCAACUCAGAAGAAAAUACAAAAGCGAAUGAAAGAGAUGGAGCUUUUGCGUAGAGAGAGGGAGAAAGAGAGAGAAAAGGAAAAGUCCUUGCAGCUCCCUACACAGAGUGUUGACCCUAGGGAUGCAGCUGAAGAAAGCUUUGGCCCACUGCCUGUCAAUGGCACAGUUCCCAUUCCCCCCAGCACGAGCAAUGCACGCAGAGCAAGAGCUGGUACUGCCUUGAGGAAGCAGGUCAACAGGCCCUCACUGCCCAGCAUCCCCGUUGUCAGCCAGGGUGGCAGCUUCCCGCGCAACUCCUCAGCGAACUCACUGCCAGCCAUUGUUACGGACUUAGAGAGUGGGAACACCCGGGAAGUCAGACCCUUCCCUCAGCCACAGCAGGCGCUGCUCAACGCACUCACAUGGCUCAGCAGUGACGACUGGCAGCAGAAGGCAAAGGGACUCUUCAGCGUCAGACGCCUGGCUAUCUACCACUCAGAAAUUCUUCUUUGUAGACUUCAUGAUGUUGCCUUGGCAGUUACCAAAGAGGUGAACAACCUCCGCUCGAAGGUGUCUCGCUUUGCAAUCAGCACUCUUGGAGAGCUCUUCAGGACCAUGAAGAAGCACAUGGACCACGAGGUGGAUGAGAUUGCUCAGGUCUUGCUCCAGAGGAUGGGGGACUCCAGCGAGUUCAUUCAGAAAGCAGCCAGCCAGUCCCUGGGGAUCAUGGUGGGGAACGUGACUCCUGCACGAGCAAUGACUGCUCUCAUGGCUAGUGGAGUCCAGCACCGCAACGCCCUGGUGCGGAAGUGUGCCGCUGAACACCUGCUGACUGUAAUGGAGCAAAUGGGAGCCGAGAAGCUCCUGUCGGGCACGCGUGACAGUACCGAGCUGCUGGUGCGCACGGUGGUGAAGCUUGCUCAGGACUGUCAUCAGGACACAAGGUGUUAUGGACGGAAGAUGCUGAAUGUAUUGAUGAGUCAUAAAAAAUUUGAUAGGUAUUUGAAACAGUCUGCCCCAUCACGUGACUUGGAAGAUGUUAUGGCAACACUUAAGAAGAAAGGUAUGGAAGACGACAAAUGUGAACGUCCAUCUGCCAAGGACCCCAAGAAGUCUAGGAACAGAGGCUUGAUGAUGCCCCAGGACAACUUGCCUUCUGAUGGAGGUUUGGGGUCUGGCUCUGUCGUACCCAUCUUACCCCGUCAGACAGUCCGUCGCACGUCACUUCGGACUGCGGAAGAAACUGAACGGCUCCGGGAGCUUUACGAGCUCCUGGCAGCCAAGGAUUUUCAGACACGAAUGGAGGGACUGGUGCUCCUCCUAGAUCACUGCAAAAACAGCCCCCAGCUCAUCUCCAAUAACAUUGUCCAGAUUUUUGAUCUUUUUUUCCUGAGACUUCAUGAUUGGCACAAGAAAGUGAAUCAGCAGGCGCUGGAGGCACUGGUUUUGAUGAUACCCAUGCUCAGAAAUGCCUUACACCCAGUGCUGGUCUCUCUGGUAGCAGCAAUCACUGACAACCUGAACUCAAAGCACUUGGGGAUUUAUGCUGCAGCUGUGAAAGCGCUGGAAGCAUCCAUUGCUCACCUAGAUAACACAUUGCUGCUGCAAGCAUUAGCCCACCGAGUGUGUUUGCUCAGCGGCCAGGCUCUGCUGGAUGUCACAGAACGUCUCUCAGUGCUUGUGGCAUCUGUUUAUCGCCAGAGACCCCAAGCCGUCCAGCGCUACGCCCUGCCCGUGCUCUGGUUCUUCCUGGGAAACAGGGCCCUGCCUGUCCGAAGCAACAGCAUCAGGACUGUGGUCACCAAGCUUGCAAAGAGCCUCUACGAAGUGAUGGGCUCCAGGCUGAAGGUGGAUGCUGCCAGACAGCCUCAGCAUGUGGAGAAAAACCUCCAGAAUAUUUUGGGCCUGAAAGGCCAGUGAAGGCUUGGUGCGCUCCGGGAAGCUGAUGGAAAGGUGUUGAGUGGGAUAGAUGAAGGCAAAAGUGGAUGUGGCAGUGGCAUUGGUUUUAUUCUGUUCUGUGUGUUUGAAGAAUUGGGUUUACCCUACAGAGUUUAUAGCUACAGACAUACAUAGUAUAUUUUGAUGUA